CCUCCGCCUUUCCAUUUAUUUCCCAUUUAUUGAAGUUCAGAAGAUAACAGAAUUUGCCUUACAUUUCACAGAACAAACUUCUCUGUCUCUUUCUCUCUCUCAUGGAAGGACAAUCGCCGCCGCCGAAAUGGGAAGGAGAAGUCUCCGCCGAGACAACCGCCGGAAAGCCCCACGAAAUCUGGCCGCUGUUGGCCGACGACUUCUGCAGCCUCCACAAAUGGCUUCCCAUCGACACAUGUCACUACGUGGAAGGCGUCCCGGGGCAGCCGGGCCUGAUCCGGUACUGCGCCUCCACCGACAUGAUAUCGUCGCCGGAGCCGUCGAUCAAGUGGGCCCACGAGAGGCUGACUCAGAUUGAUCCAACCAAAUAUACUCUCACCUACGAGAUCCGUGAGAACAACAUCGGAUUCAAGUCGUAUGUGGCCACCAUGAAGCUGCUGCCGGACGGCGGCGGCGACGGAGGCGGAGGGUGCAAGAUCGUGUGGUCGUUCGUGGCGGAUCCGAUCGAAGGGUGGCCGCUGGAGGAGUUUGUGAAGUAUCUCGAUUUUUCUUUGCAUCACAUGGUGAACAAAAUGGCUGAGUAUUUGCAGAAAAGUCCCUGAGAACUUUCUGGAAUUCAUCCAAUUGUGUGUGAAAUAAUUUGCUUGGUCGUGCACAUCAGUUCGUGGGUUGUCGUCACCGGUAUUGGUUGGAUCUCUGUCAUCGUGGGCUUCUUCCGUUGGUGGGUCACCGUCGUGGGUGUUUUUCGGUUGAUUUUCGGUUGGUUUUCGUCGGUGCGUCGGUGUUCUUGAGGUGUUCCCGUGAGUUGUUGUCACCAGUUUUGCUUAGAUCUCUGUCAUCGUAGGCUUCUUCCGG